AUGCCGAUACACACCUACCUCCUUCUGCUUACCUUCCUCUACCACCUCCGUCCACUACACCGUCCUACAGAGGCAGUAGUAAUCGAGGAUCGACGCAAACCAUGGAGCGAUCACGAUCUGCGUAGGAUAGGAAAUGCCCUCCUAGAACAUGACAAACUUGUUGCCAGUUUUCUCGACAAGGUGGAACUAACUGUACGCAUUCCACCCGGCUCAAAUAACAAGAGUCUCUCCUACCUCAUUGGAAAGAACCAACAAUUUGGAUUCACUAUUACGCCAUGCACAGGGCCAUUGGAUGGUAUCCAUUUCCAUUCGACCAAUUCAGCUAAAGAUGGGUGGCAAAGUGACCAAUCUGUCUUCUCGGCAUGGACAUCACGUUCUCGAAGAUCGGCUGGAAUCUUCCCCAGUUAUGGCGGGCGAUUUUGGUACCGUCCACCCCUACGAGUGGAGCCCCUGUUCUUGGAUGGCGACCUGGAACUGCACAAGGUGUUGAAGGGACCCAAUUGGUUGAAGGGAUCAGGAACAGCUCGACUCCAUUUUUCCAGUUGGGGAGCAUCUGGUGAUACACUUGUCGUGACAAUCUACGCUCGGCCCGAAACCACCUUCAGAGUUCUCUGGAGUGCAAAAAGGGACAUUCGAUAUCAGCCCUUUCAAGGGUAUCCCUCCCUACCACAGUCAUCAAAGGCAUCCCUAAUAGAUACUUGUCGAGUUACCAUCAAUAGCACUGACUACCUAAAUGUGCGCUGGCCACCGGCCAUAAACGAAGACACCUUAAUGGUCUACUGCGUGGCAUUGAACAACAAGAGAAGUCUGAUACAUCACUGCUCCCUACAACUGAUGCUCAACAGCAAAAAGGAGGCACAAGAGGCAAAUCUUACUCACGAAUGCACCAAAGCAAAUCACUUACAGUUAAGGUUACCCUCCCGACUAUCACGAUGGCAAGCAGAAGGCCAUAGUCUCUACAUCAACGUCUACGCCAUCAACAGUUCCACUAAUUUGAGCAGCUCAUUCCCACCCCUGGUUAUGCAUAGCCCUCCCCUUUGUUUGCAUCGCCGACCGGUCACACGCGUGUGGGUAAAACUGCGGCCUGUGACCUACGUCCUUCAUUGGCUCAAUGAUAUUGCCUUCGAUUGGCCUCGCAGCUUUCCUGACGUCUCUAUGUAUCUUCAGCCAUGUCGACGGCCUCGCUAUCGGGAAUUCUUGUACAAUCUGGAAGUAUUUCAACAGCCUCUAUUGGAUUUGUCGUCAGUAACACAACACUUCACCAGCGAUGGUGGACAAAUUCGAAUUCGACUUUCAUCAUUCGGCGAAAAUGAUGAAUGUUUUCAUUCCCGUGGUGAUAAAAUUGCCCGACUUUUCUUUCUGACCCGCUCUUCCAAUGACUCUCUUCCUGUGCGUCCUCGGCUUGCAGCACACGGCUCUGGGACCGCGAGCAGCGAUAAGGAUCUGCUGGAAUCAGACGACGACAGCUAUCCGGUGGAGUUUACGCCUGAUUGCAAGAUGCACCAAAUCACCAUGAGAAUGGUAGUUAGCCCUCUGCCACACUCCUACUGGAUAACGACACUCUCCAUACCAGAGGUUAGGAUGCUACACCAUCGAAAUGCCACACUUGCAGGAAUUGCAAAUAGGAUCAACUACUGCGAGUACUCAAAUAGAUCACUAGCAAGUUUUCUGGGCCGUCAGACACAAAUUCACUUUCAACGAAUUACAACGGGACUUGGCGAUAUCUCGUUAAAUGUUCAACUUCCCAUCGUCUACGGAGAGGGAUCAUCGCGAUUCUACCUCAUUCUCGUCUACGCCGCUCGCACCAACGAUGUCACAUCGGCCUACCGGUCACUCUUUUUCCAUCGUCUUAUAGAUGCUUGUCGAGUGGUAGAGGAUAACUGCUACGCCACCACUCACUUGGGCAGCAUUUGUGCCUAA